UGCUCUGCGCCGCCGCAUCCCUUCGUAAGCCGCGAUCGGCCGCGGUUCAAAACCUGUCGGUCUGCAUUCCAGUGUCCCGGUGAACGUCAAGCGAGUCGUCGUCUGGUGUCGUCGCCGUCGUCGUCGUCGCCAUCCCUACGUGCGAUCGUUCGUACGUUCGUAACUGAUCAGAGUCGCGUCGCGGCGCGUUUAACGAAACGUGAGCGAACAUGAAGUGGCGAGACGAGAUGUGAGAGAGAGAGAGAGAGAGAGAGAAGCGGCUGAGAAAAGCCGGGGCCCCCUAAAGCGGACCACAAAGGACACACGGCCCAGCGAAGCAGCGCCGCGCCGGUUGCGCACCUCGCUAAGAUUCUCUUCUCGCUUCGGAGCGAGAAGCGACGUAUUGGCCGCGAACGAGAGAUAAUCGCGUGCAACGGGACGACUUUCUCGGCGUCGUCGGCUUGGUCGCAUGACCGCCAGAGCGAAAAAAAAAGGAAUGUGUCAAGAUGACAUCUAUCUCCUCUUCUUGCGGCGUUAUCAUAGUCCUACUCUAUAGUCUGAUCACUUGUACACAUGGGGAGAAAGACGAUGGUAUGUCGUUCACCCGGCACCCACAGCCGCUGGCCGCUCCGUUACAUGACGAUGUAAAUUUCGAGUGCAGUCUCAAUCUGCCCGCGGAUAAUUUCGCGUGGCAGCACAAGCCGCUGGGUGCACGCAAAUGGAUACGGCAGCCGCAUCCCAGCGGUGGCGGGAAGACGUCGCGACACGUUGUCAAUUUCGACGAUGCGUCGAAAGCCGGCGACUACCGCUGCGUCGCAUUUUUCGCCAAUGUCAAACGAAUACCACGAGAUUUCUCGGACCUCGGUGAUACGCAGGAAGAGUCAUCCCGAUUUCGACGAAGCGUUUUCGGGAGAUUCGCGAGCUACACGCCGGAAUUGAUACCUCCCGAUGCUCCCGCAGGUACUAGCGGUUUUGCGUCCGACGCAGCGAGACUAACGCUCGCGACGAUCCAGGAAUUCUCCGACAAGAGUGACGUCUUGAUCCAGGUGGCGGAGGGUAACACCGUGCCGAUCACCUGCCCCAUAUUGUACUCCGAGCCGGAGGCGAUAGUGACGUUCUUCAAGAACAACGUGCUCGUCAGGGACGCGAACGUGGUGAACGGCAGGACGAUGGUCAUCGGUAACGCCAAGUUGCUGGACAGUGGCUCCUACCACUGCACCGCGGAGAAUUACAUAACGCAGCAGACGUUCACGAGCGUGCACAGGACGAUCCUGAUGGUGCACGCGAACGUGAGCCAGCAGGAGCCGUAUCUGGUGAAGCAACCGCAGACGGAAUACACAGUGGUGCGCGACAGGAACGUCACGUUGGAGUGCUUCGGCGCUGGCUACCCGGUGCCGCGCGUCUCCUGGAACCGGCUGGUCGGCUCCCUGCCGUCCAAGUCGGAGAAAUCGUCCACCGGCCUGACGAUCGUGCACGUGCAGCCUGCCGAUCGCGGGGAGUACGGUUGCAUGUGGAGCAACAACGCCGGACAGGUCAGGUCUGUGAUAAUACUCAGGGUGAUGGAGCCGGCGAGGGUGACGAAACAGCCGACAGCGUCAACGACUUCCGAGGGCGGCAAGCUGGAGCUCUCGUGCGGCGUGACCGGCGAGCCGGUGCCGAACGUCGAGUGGCUCAUCAACGGGGAAAGCCUGACGUCCAUGGCGAAUCUCGAGAUCAAAGGCACCACCCUCGUCAUAUCGGAGCUCGAGAAGAAGCAUGCCGGGAUCGUUCAGUGCGUCGCCAGCAACGAGUACGGCUCGCAUUCGUCCGGCUACAAUUUGCUGAGGGUCAACCCGAAGCAGCACGUUCUAGGCGGCACCACGGAGUCGAAGCCCACGGACUACGAGCUCUCCGUGUCGAGGCACAAGCACACCAGAGGAGGUGGUAGGCGCAGAAAUAAGGAGGGAAAAAGGAAAGGCACAGCAGUUCUGGUACCACCAGACACGCCUAAUGUCACAAGACUGUCCGAUACUUCAGUCAUGGUGCGAUGGGCGGUGCCGGAGAAUAAAGGUUUACCGAUCUUGUUUUUCAAAGUACAGUACCGUCCACUCGGCAGAGCGAACGGCAAACAGUCGAAGUGGAUGACGGCCAACACCGAGAUACCGAAUCACGUGCGGUCUUUCGAAGUGUCUGAUUUGCAGCCCGACCAUACUUAUCGAUUUAGAAUCGCCGCGGUAUACUCGAACAAUGAUAACAAAUUGAGCCUAAACUCCGCGCGUUUCCGUCUCAAUCGACUGUCCGAGAACAGUAAGAUGCCGAUACCCGAGUUGACCGAUACGAAGGCGUUGGGACCGCACCAGGUCCUGCUGAUUUGGGAGAAUCCCGACAACUCCGCGAGUAUCGAUGGAUUCUACAUAUAUCAUCGGGCCUCCACGUCGGCCGGCGAUUACCUGAAGACCACCGUCGAAGGGAAGGACGCCUGUAACAUGACCAUCUCUCAUCUGCAAGCCGACACUACUUACGAGUUCAAGGUUCAGAGCUUCUCCGUGGACGCGGCGUCGGAAUUCUCCAAGAUACUGCGGCAGAAAACGAUGAAGAGCACCGUCGAGCAACCGGUGGAGCAGGUGGUCGCGGAGAACAAAGUAAAGCCCAACGAAACUAACAUAAGUGUCAGUGUAUACGUUAUAAUCGCCAUAGUAUUCGUGGCGUCGGUCUUCGUAGGGAUCGUAGUGACGAUCAUAUACAAGAAAGCGAAGUAUAAGCAGAGCCGGGGGUCUUCGCAGAACGAAGGUAAAUCGAUAACAAACGGACGAGUAAUAAACGGCGGAGUUACAGACUCCAAAAUUAAUAUUACGUCCAAUCCGCUCGCCGGUCUCGACACAUCCGAAGACAUGAUACAGCCUAAGAGCGGACAACAGUCGUCGAUGGAAAUGACGUCGUUUCUAAACGGCCAAAACAACAACAGCAACAGCCAUAACAACAGCGACACGGCCGGAUCGGACGUGGUGAACACCACGUCACGUAGCGAGCCGUCGUCUCUACUCCAAGGGCAGCUGCCUAUCGAGCAACGUUUGUGAAUCGUAGCUAUGUCUCUGUUUUUAGUAAAACGGUAAGAUCGUCGACGACACGCGGACACGUGUCGCCGGACAGGUGUCGGGUUGCUAUCACGCUUGGCGGACGCCGCCGGCCCUCCUCUCGGAGGGUCCGCAAACACAAAGACAACACGAUUUAUCAAUUACACGUUAUCUUAAUUUCGAGAUUAUGAAAACCUUAACUUAUAGACUGUAUUUAACGUUCAGUUAUCGCAAUCGAAGAGAGAGAGACUGUUGCAAGACAUUUACAUAUACAGGGUGUCUUAAAUAGUUAUGCUCAAACUUAUCGCUGUUGUAAACCGGGGCUGGUUCGGCGCGUGCGGGAAACUUUCGCUUGCAUGUAAAAAAGAAAGAAAUAAAUAAACAGAAGAAAAGAAGAAAGAAAAAGACGUGCGAUGUUACAGAUGUACCGGCGAACUUCUUAAGAUUGAUACACGCGAGAAGGUCGUUCGAAACGUGUUCCGUUCUUCAUCGGCAUUCCGUCGGUGUCGGAUUUCUCAAUCGACAGUCGAAACAGUCCCACUUUACGGCACGGUAAUGACGUAGGAAGUAAAGAUCCGGAUCUGGUUGCAUAUCUCACGAGAUUUAUAUUCUCUUGGUCUUUCCUUCUCCUUUAAUAAGAGAAUGUUAGGAAUUUUCACGCCCGUUAAGUAGGUACGAAAUUCAAUAAAUGUACCUGCGAAGUGACUAACUUAACUGUGUUACGUAUCUACUUAACGGGCAGAAGCUAGUGAGCACUGAACAACACACAAGUUAUUUAGUAAUUUUGAUAUAACUUUUUAUGCGCGAUGCGCGUACUUUUGUACGCGUGCUCUCAUUUUAUAUUAACGUGCAACUUUUCAAGCAUUCAUUUCGUAAUAAGAAGCAUUAUUCGAAGUACGUAGGAUAAUACACGCCGUACGUACGAUAUUGUUAACUAUUAAAAAGUCGUUGACGAAAGAGAGAGAGAGAGAGAGAGAGUAACAUCAUUUUACGAUGGUUGCUGGGAAUAUCUUUUUACAAAGUAACGAGUAUAAUGUUUGAGUCAUAUAUUGUUAACAUUAUCGCGUAAUAAUAAUACCUGUUAUGACAGUGUUUUCCUAGCUGCUGCAACGAAAAUCCAGUAAUUUAUUGUCAUCCAUAAUGACACGAUGCAAUAUUACGUCAUAAUAUUUCUGACGGUCGCUCUUUAUUGUUGUCGGAACUAUGGACUAGGACAUUUUUUAUAUUGCUAAGGAAAAAUGAUAAAAUGAUAUCUUGAUCUUGUUAUUUUGCGUUAACUGAAAAGAAAAAAAAAAGAUAAAAACUGUAAAUAUCAAUGUAUACAAUUUUUUUAAAUAAAUUAUUUUAGCAUUUUGGCUUGUUGAGAAAUGUUACAAUGUUACGCAUUUGUGAAUCGAUGACAAAGCUAGAGAAAAUAUACACAUUGUAUAUAUACACACACAUGUAUUAGGAUAGUUUUCAAAUGACAGGAAUGAAUAUGUGCCUUACAUCUUGCCUGAAAGUAAUGAUUAUUUAUAUAGAUUUAUAAUGAUUAUUCUGUAUAUGAUACCAUUUCACACGCACAUGCACAUGUGUGCACGUAUGCACACACAUUUUGUGUACUUAAUUUUUAUAAAAUAAAUUAUACUGAAAAUAU